AUGAUUUUAGCUAGAUCAAUAUUGUUUUUAAUUGAUUAUUAUUCUAUUUUUUUAUUUAUGUUAAUUGUAUUAAUGGUGUUUUUAACGAUAACUUUUUUUUUUAUAUUUUUUUUUUUUUUUUAGUGUAAAUUGGUCCCUACUUUAAUUUUAAUUUUAGGGUGAGGUAGACAGAUAGAACGAACUCAAGCAGGUUACUAUAUAAUUAUAUACACUUUAUUUUCUUCAUUACCUUUAUUGUUUGGUUUAUUGUACUAUAAUAGAUUAUAUGGAUGUAUUAUAAUAGAUAUGAUACACUUAAUUAGAACUGAGAUAUGGCUUUUUUUUGUAAAAUUACCUUUAUAUGUUGUUCAUUUAUGAUUACCUAAGGCUCAUGUAGAAGCACCUAUUUCAGGAUCAAUGAUUUUGGCAGGGGUUAUAUUAAAGUUAGGGGGAUAUGGUAUAUUUCGUAUUGUUAAUAGAAUGCCAUCACUUAUAAUUGAAUAUAAUUGAUUUCUUUCUUUAUUUUCUUUGAUGGGUUCGUUGUUUAUUAGAUUAAUAUGUCUUCGUCAGGUAGAUUUGAAGGUAUUAGUAGCUUAUUCUUCUGUAGUUCAUAUAGGUAUUAUGAUUGGAGGUAUAUUAAGAAUAAGUACGUUUAGUUUCUCGUAA